AUGGUCUACGUACGGCAACGCGAGCUCCCCGCGCUCAGGGAGUACAAGUACGCUGGCGUGGACAAUUCGCUGCUGUCCAAGUACGUGCUGAAGCCGUUCUACACAAACGUCGUCAUCAAAUGCUUUCCUAUGAGCAUGGCGCCCAAUCUCAUCACCCUUACCGGAUUCUCCUUUGUUGUCGCAAACUUCCUCACCAUGCUGUGGUACAACCCCACGCUCGACCAGGAUUGCCCCUCGUGGGUCUACUACAGCUGGGCCGUCGGCUUGUUUCUGUACCAGACUUUUGACGCCGUUGAUGGAACGCAGGCACGACGAACUAGACAGUCCGGCCCUCUCGGUGAGCUUUUCGAUCACGGCGUCGACGCCCUCAACACCUCCCUCGAGGUCCUCAUCUUCGCCGCCUCCCAGAACAUGGGACAAAGCUGGUAUACCGUCGCCACGCUGUUCGCAUCCCUUGCUACCUUCUACGUUCAGACUUGGGAGACGUACCACACCAAGACGCUCACCCUCGGCGUCGUCAACGGCCCUGUUGAAGGCGUUAUCAUUAUUGUUGGCGUCUACGCCCUCACCGGCUACCUGGGCGGCGCCCACUUCUGGCAGCAGAGCAUGCUCCGCACUCUUGGUGUCCCUGAGACUCUUGGCCUCCCCCCCUUCGUCUACGAGCGCUCCUUUUCCGAGUGGUACCUUGUCCAGGGUCUCGUCGUGGUCGCCUUCAACGCCUUUGAGUCCUCCCGAAACGUCAUCCGCGUCCGUCGUGCCCGUGGCGACCGCUCUCGUGGCGCCCUCCUCGGCCUCAUCCCCUUUGUUUCUAUCUGGUCCAUGAUCGUUGCCUACCUCUACCUGCAGCCCAAGAUCCGCGAGUGCCAUCUCAUCCCCUUUGCCCUCUUCGCCGGCUUCGUCAACGCCUACAGCGUUGGUCAGAUCAUCACCGCUCACCUCGUCCACCUGCGCUUCCCCUACUGGAACGUCUUGGGCUUGCUCCUCGUCUUUGGGGUUGCCGACUCCGUUGGCCCCAUCCUGCAGCGGCACUUUGCCUUUGGGUGGCCUAGCGCUCUUGGUGACAGUGUCUACCAAGUCGCCUUCAUGUUUAUGAUGCUUGGUACCGCCAUCGGUGUUUACGGCAGCUUCGUCGUUGAUGUCAUUGUCACCAUCUGUGACUACCUUGACAUCUGGUGCCUGACCAUCAAGCACCCUUACGUCGAGGAGACUGUCCAGACCAACGGCAAGAAGACUCAGUAA